AUGUCGUCCUGGACCGACAGUCUUACCAUGGACACCAUGGCCAAAGAGAGGGCCAACCCUCCCUUUGAUGUUCGAAAGAUGUCCAUCGAACACCACGGCAGCGAAAGCGACCUUGUCAAGAAGGAAAAGUUCAUGCUCGAGGCUAGCCGUGACCCCGUCUUCUACUCGGCAGACAUCUACGACCUCACAAAGGAGCAGAUUCGCGAGCGAACCAUGCAGCGAAUCCAGCGCCUCGCCCACUACGUCACCAACGAGCCCGUGGACGACUUCCAGAAGCGCAUGGAGCUCAUGUCGAUGCUCGACCCCGGUCUCUGGACGCGUCUUGGUGUCCACUACGGCCUUUUCCUCGGUGCCAUCCGCUCCGGCGCCACCCCCAACCAGUUCUCCUACUGGAUGGAGAAGGGCGUCAUCGCCUGCCAAGGAAUGUUUGGUUGCUUUGGUAUGACCGAGCUCGCCCACGGCUCAAACGUCGCUGGUCUCGAGACCACCGCACACUUUGACGCCACUACCGACGAGUUUGUCAUCCACACCCCCAACCUUGGCGCCACAAAGUGGUGGAUCGGCGGUGCUGCCCAGACCGCUACCCACUGCUCUGUCUUUGCUCAGCUCAUUGUCAAGGGCAAGCGAUACGGAACGAAGACCUUCAUCGUGCCCCUUCGCGACCCCAAGAGCUUCCAGCUGCUCCCCGGUAUCAACAUUGGCGACAUCGGCAAGAAGAUGGGCCGUGAUGGCAUCGACAAUGGCUACAUCCAGUUCACCAACGUCCGCAUCCCUCGCGCCUACAUGCUCAUGAAGCACACCCAGGUCACUCGCGACGGCGAGGUGCGCGAGCCUCCCCUCCAGCAGCUCACCUACGGCGCUCUGCUUCAAGGCCGAACCGCCAUGGUCGCCGAUGCGGCCAAUACAGCCAAGAAAGCGCUCACCAUCUCCGUGCGAUACGCCGCUGCCCGACGACAGUUCAAAUCGGACGCCAAGGCCAAGCUCGAGACCCAGAUCAUCGACUACCCCAUCCACCAGCGUCGACUCAUGCCCCUCGUCGCCCAGGCCGUUGCUUUCGGCUACACCGCCCUCGAGCUCCAGCGGCUCUUCGAGGAAACCUCGCAGGCGCUCGAGGCCCUGGAGCCUGGUGACCCGAACCUCGACGCCACCAUCGAGAAGCUUAAGGAGACCCACUCCACCAGCGCCGGCCUCAAGGCCUUCUGCACCUGGGCCACGCUCGAGACGAUCGACCGCUCCCGACAGGCCUGUGGUGGUCACGGCUACUCAUCUUACAACGGUUUCGCCGACAUGUACGCCGAUUUCGCGGUACAUUGUACCUGGGAAGGCGAUAAUACGAUCCUAGCCUUGCAGGCCGGGAGGUUCUUGAUCUCGGCAUAUCAAGAUGCGGUGGACGGGAAGAAGCAGGUGAGCGCGGGUACCAAGUAUCUGAACGAUCUGGAGCGGGUUCUGUCCGCCAAGUGCGAGUCGAACGACACGCUGGACACGCUUGACGGAAUUGACCGCGGUUGGGCGACCGUGGCGGCGCACGCGGUGAAGAAGGCUUCCCAGGAUUACCAGGCCUGCCUCAAGGCGGGUCGAAGCAAGGAGCAGGCGUUUGAGGACUGCUCGCAGGUGCGCUUCGUCGCGGCGAGCGUGCACACCAGCGGCUACAUCUUCCGCCAGUUCCGGGCGGCUGUGGAGCGUGUCGAGAAGGGCAGCGACGGUGUUCGGGAGCACCUCGAGCUGUUGGCCAAGUUCUACGGAUUGUGGCAGAUGGAGGAGAAGGCGGCCUUCUUCCUGCGCAGUGGCUGGUUGACACCGGACCAGCUCGACUUUGCCUCGGCCAAGGUCACCGAGUACUGCGCCAAGACGCGCAGCUUUGCCAUCCCGCUGAUUGACUCGUUUGCCAUCUCGGACCACGUGCUUAACUCGCCCAUCGGCCGUUACGACGGCGACAUCUACCGCGAGUACUUCCGUAUGGUGCGCCGCAACAAUCCGCAGCUCAAGGAGCACCCAUACUUUGAGCGUCUCAUCCGACCGUUCAUCGAGCGACAGAUGCCCGACGCCGAAGACUUUGACGAGGCGAUUGGCAUUGAUGACGAGAUCGAGGAGAUCAAGCAGGACCGUGAAGAGGCCGAGGCCGAGGCCAAAGCGGAGGCUGCCGAGAACAAGAAGUAG